AGCAACCAUAACACGGAUCGAAAAUACUGGGUUAGCAAGUGUGCAGAUUUGACGGAAGCGCUGAAACAAACAUCUGUGCCUGCUGCCCUUCCUCGUGUCUGUGGAGUCAGUGUUGGGGACGAUGUUGUAGAGUGGAGUAGUUGUGCCGCUUUGAGUUCAUCAAGAUUCUCGUGCGUCUAGUGCGUUCAGUCGUUCAUUGGAUCGUUUGAAUCGUCUGGCUUCUUCAAACAUACAUACAUACAUACAUAUAUACAUAUGUACAUAGUGUGCGCGAAUUCACUGUGUUGUGUGUAUCCAACGUUCAAAUUGCCAGUUGUUGCCAUCUUGUUCCGUCGUCGCAGUGAUCGCAGUCGCGGUUCAGUCCUCAUUUUCGAUACCGUUGUUCCGCCAUAGUUGUUGUCGGUGCCAUUUCGUCGUUUGUUUGUUUGCAUUUGUGGAGUGAACUAUCAGCACACAAUUGAUAUACAGCAAAGGCAAAAUCCUACAAAAUAAAACAAAACCAAAAUCAAGAGGCGCAUUUCAAAAUUGCCUCACUCUAGCAAUUUGAAAGAGCAUUUUUCCAUCUACCAAAAGAACUAAUACAAAAGAGGUAGCGAUAAGCAAGGCAUCGUCAGCAACAAAUAGCCACGGCAGCGAUAAACACAGACGGUUGUGCAGUUGUGCAUAAAACUACGUUAGCGAUCCCAAUGCAACGGUCAGCAAUUAUUUCCAAACAAUCAUAGAACUUCUUCGCCAUUCAGCCGCAUCGAAAACAACGCAAAACAUUCGUUACAUAUCUACUAUUGGCAUUAUCAGCGCAGGAGCAAAAAAAAAAUAAACAAAAAUUACCAAAGCAAUAACUUAGCAACAGUGCCAGUGUCAGUGUCAAUAGUUGAUUGUAAACUACUCGGCAGCAUCAAAAGCGAAAGCAGUAAGCAGUAAACAGUGAGCGGCAGCAGCAGCAGCAGCAUCCGUAGCAAAUUCGAGCAACAAGUUCAAAAAAUAAAUAAUAAUAAUAAAACAUUAAUAAGCAGCAAAAAUGUUGAAAGCAAAAACGAAUGAUGAUAAAGUGGAUACACUGCUGACCAAGGGUCUGGUGCCGAUAAUUGAUCUGGCUCAUUGCGGAACCGAAGAGGCGCCAGUGCGUUCAGUUGUGAAUCGAGUCGGCCAUCAAUUACAAAAAUGUAUGUCCGAGAAGGGACUAUGCUUGCUUGUAAAUCAUGGCAUUUCCGAUGAAAAGUUGAAAACCGCUUGGGAUCAUCUCGAUGAUUUUGUUGACCUACCUGGCGAUGUGAAGGAGCAUUACCUACGCACUGGUGAUGAUAAUCAUGGCUACGUGCGCCCAGGCGUAGAGCGUUUCAAUGGCAAAACUCCUGAACUCCGCCAUGCUUUCAACAUUUGCACAUUAAAUGCGAAAAAUUUACCCGAAGAACCAUUACCUGGCUUCGCGGAACACAUUUCAUCCUUGGCAACGGAUUUCAAAGCACUCUCCCGCUUCAUUCUGCAGUCACUUGCCGUCUCGCUCGACAUACCACAAUCGUUCUUCCUCGAGAAACACUCACACAUGCUGUCCGGUGAUCAUGACAACGAGUCCACACUACGUCUGCUCUACUAUCCGCCCAUCAUUGAGGAUACGGAUGAGAAGAAUGACUUUAUUAAGGGCAGUUGUAUUUACAGUUAUCAACGUUGUUUGUCGGAUAAACCCGAUUUCCGGCCAGAAACGAAUCCGCGCGAUGAAAUCAACGAAUUGGAUGGCAAAGAUGAAAGCAACGACACCACUGAACGUCAGUUGCCCAACGGUGAAAUGAUACGCUGUGGUGCACACACAGAUUAUGGUACAUUUACAUUGUUGGCCCAGGACUCGGAGGGUGGACUUGAGGUGAAAAUGCCGGGUAGUGAAAAAUGGCAGCGUGUUGGCCAUUUGCCCGGUGCCAUAUUGAUAAACUGCGGCGAAAUCUUGUCGAUAUGGACGAAAGGACGUUAUCCAGCAUUGCAACAUCGUGUUGUGAUACCAGAACAGCCACAUAUACGCACGCGUGGCCGUCAUUCCAUUGCAUUCUUCUGCCAUCCAGAUAACUUAACUAUGAUUUCGCCAAAUGACCUGCCCAACACAGAAGUCGGCACCGAUACGGUCGACAAGAAGCCGCGCAAGAAGUCCUUCAGGGCAGCGAAAGAGAACUUUUUUCUUUUUUUGAAAUCAUUUCUAGGGUUUACAACGCAUACCAGUUAAUACAGAAGAGAUUUCGGGAAACCUAUGGCCACCAAGCUUCGCACUGAUAAUUACAAGCACACACAAACACACAAACGUACAUUAAACCAACUCUAGUUUCUAAAUAGUUCAUAAAUACACACAACUUGCAUACAUACAUAGAUUGUUUAGCGCAUAAUUAUUUACAUACAUAUGUAGCUACAUAUAUAAAUGCUAUUGCACUUACACUGUAUUGAUUCCAGUCGUAAAUUUGCCAUGCAGGCAGGGACAUAAAUACCCGAUCAUAGCCUUUUUAAAGACGAUUGUAUUUCUGUGGAAAAGUGGCAUCGCUUGAUUGAGAUGCCGGAGAGAAAAUAGCAGUACCGUUGUUUGAGUCUUCGAUAUUAAGCUUAAUUUAUUUAAUACAUGUUUGUUAAACAUAAUUUGUGUUUGUGUUUAAACACAAUAUU